AUGGCCGCCCCUGCCCUCGACGAGAAAGCCGUUACCAAAGAGGUCCCCCGUUCUCCCUCUUUUGACGAUGAAAAGCUUGGACACCACUCCGAUGACUCCCUGAGCUUCAUCGAGGGCUCCGAGGGCGUCACUCAGCAUGACCUCGACACCCUGAGACAUGUCGCCGACAGGCUGCCUUACGCUGCCUGGUUGGUUGUCUUCGUCGAAUUCGCCGAGCGAUGGACGUACUACGGCACGACGAACAUCUUCAACAACUACAUCCGUGCGCCUCUUCCUAGGUUCUCCACCACUGGUGCAGUCGUUGUCGACGCCGAUCGCGCGGGCGGUGUAGCUGGCGCUCUCAACAAAGGCCAGCAGAUCUCCUUUGCUAUCCGUACCUUCAAUACGUUCUGGGUUUAUGUCACUCCCUGGAUUGGUGGAAUUAUCGCCGACACCCUCUGGGGUCGCUACAAGACCAUCAUGGUCUUCUCCGUGGUUUGCCUGGCUGGUCACAUCAUUCUCGUCGGUUCUGCUUCCGCUCCGUCUCUCGCCAACCCCGACGGUGCGAUGGGUCUGCUCGUUUUUUCCAUCGUUAUCAUGGGUCUCGGAGCUGGUGCGAUCAAGGCUAACGUUUCUCCCAUGAUCGCUGAGCAGUAUACUGGGAAGCUUCGAAAAGUUACUUUGGACUCGGGCGAAGUUGUUAUCAUGUCGCCCUCUGUCACUAUCCAGAGUAUCUACCUUUGGUUCUAUGCCGCCAUCAACUUGGGAGCGUGCGGUGCCAUUUCGGCGUCUUUCCUUGCUCGCGAUAAUGGGUACUGGAUUGCUUACCUCGUGCCGACUUGCAUCUUCUUCCUCGUCCCCGGCAUCCUUCUUAUCGGCAAGAACCAGUAUGUCAAGACCCCUCCUCGUGGCUCGAUCUUGCUCGAGACCAUCCGUGUCAUCAUCUACGCCCUUGCCCCGGCCUGGUCCAUCAACCCCCUCAAGACUGUGCGCAACAUCAGGAAGCCCGACUUCUGGGACCCCGCUAAGCCUUCGUCUUAUGAAGAAGGCAAGCUUCCUGCGAAGAUAACUUGGGACGACGAAUUCGUCGGUGAGGUCGGUCGUACGCUCAACGCCUGCGCCGUCUUCUUGUUCUUCCCCUUCUUCUGGCUUUGCUACUCCCAGAUUGAUGGAAAUCUCGGCACUGUAGCGGCUGGCAUGAGGCUCGAUGGCACACCCAAUGAUUUGAUUCAGAAUUUGAAUCCUAUCAGCAUCGUCAUCAUGAUCCCCAUAUUCGACUAUGUCAUCUACCCCUUCCUGCGCAGGAGAGGCAUCAACUUCACCCCCAUCAAGCGUAUUUUCACUGGCUUCAUCGUCGCCGGUCUUGCCAUGCUGUACGCUGCCGUCCUCCAGCACUUCAUCUUCCAGAGGUCGCCUUGCCACGACAACCAGCCUUCCGCCUGCAUGACGCCUGACGAAGUCCAACUCCCUGCUGAUAUUAACGUCUGGAUUGUAAGUGGCCCGUACAUCAUGGUCGGCCUUUCCGAAAUCUUCGCCUCGAUCACCUCGCUCGAGUACGCCUUCACCAAGGCGCCCGCCCGCAUGAAGUCCGUCGUCAUGGCUUUCUCCCAAUUCCAGGUCGCCCUCUCGUCUGCCCUCAACUUCACCCUCACCGCUGUCAACACCGAGCCCAAGUUCGCAUGGCUCUUCGGUUCGUUCGGUGUUACCGCUUGGGUCAUCGGCACCAUCUUCUUCAUUACAUUCAGGAACCUCGAUAGGCGCGAGGCUGAGCUCAACGCCAUCGGCAAAGGAGACCGUAAAGGUUUCGCCGACGAGCAAACCGAGCAACCCUCAAACAGCGAGAAAUCAUGA